CUGACGUGUAUAAAAUGUUUUUAUUUAAAAGUCUCUGACGUGUAUAAAAAUGUUUUUAUUUAAAAGUGAGUAGUGUUUAUAAAGAACAAACCACUUGAGGGCGUGCUGUAAAAGGAAAUUAAUCAACACAGAAUCACACAUUUUUUAGAUAUUAUAGAAGAUUUAACACUUUCUGAGCAAACAGACUCAAGAAUGCAACAUCACCAGGCACAGAAUGAUUUUCGGCGCAAGUGGGACAAGGAUGAGUAUGAACAAUUGGCUCAAAAGCGAAUCACAGGGGAAAGAGAGAAAAAAGAUGGCAAACUCGUACCCCCGGUCAAACUAGCGCCUCUCCAGCCCAGAGACUACAAGGUGGAUUUGGAGUCUAAGGUUGGAAGGACCAGCUUCAUCACAAAGACCACACCACAGGCUGAGAUGGGAGGGCACUACUGCAAUGUUUGCGAUUGUGAGGUGAAAGACUCAUUCAACUUUCUCGAUCAUAUCAAUGGCAGGAAGCACCAGAGGAACCUGGGAAUGUCAAUGAGAGUGGAACGCUCCACAUUGGAACAGGUUAAAAAACGUUUCGAGUUUUUUAAGAAGAAACUGGAAGAAAAAAAAAAGAACAAAUUUGAAGAGCAAAUGAAGAAAUUGCAGGAAGAGGAGGAAAAGGCAAAAGCGUACAAAAGGGAGAAGCGAAAUGAAAAGAAGAGAAGAAGAGAAGAGAGGAAACGAAAAGCAGAAGAAGACCUUGAGUUUGAAGCAGAUGAGGAAAUAGCUGCUGUAAUGGGAUUCUCAAAAUUCGAUUCCUCCAAGAAGCCUCAUUGAAUAUGAAUGUGUUGCAGGUACCAAUGCUGAGGCCUCACUGCUCUGUUUAGCUUGAGGACUGGUCUGAUUUUUUUUUUUUCUUUUUCUCAAAUGCACAAUGAGAAUACAAUGAAAAAAUUCAAAGCCAACAACUAAUCCACUUAUUUUGCCAUCCUUGGUUAUUUGACAUUCUAGUACUUGUCUAAGUCUGGUGAUUUAGUAUUCCAAUCAUUUGUCCAGUCUCUACGAUUGAUUUGAAGUUACACAGUAAACUAAAGCAAUAUUAAAUUGAUCUACUAAUGAAUCUCUCACUGACAUGAGGUAAAGUGUGUAGGUACUAAAGGAUAAAACAUACUUGAUUUUUUUUUUCCUCUGCUUUUGGUCCUCUUUUAAAAUUUGAAUGUUUGUUGACACCUUUUUUUCAUUUUACAUUAAAAAGCUUUUAACCUUUGUAUCUGAAUAAAUAUUUAAUUGCCA